GUCAGUCACACGCACAUGCGCAACCAGUCCGGUCCGCCAACCACCCGACUAUACAGACGCACACAGGCCAUUAGCUACGCGCACACAUGAAUGAAGGAACGGUGCUCAUUUCUUCCGUCGUUUUCCCCCUCCCCCUCCCCCAUUGUCCCUCUUGCCCCCAUCGUCACACCGCGGUCGCUUGGUGCCGGCCACCGCUGCCUGGCCCCCUGCAGCCGUUGCGGUGUUCUCCGAUGUGUCUGGGGUGGUUGUGGGGUCGUUUGUGACGUCCUCGAUCUCGAUGUCGGAGUGGACGCACGGGGAGCUGCGGACCACAACCAACUCCUGCGAACACCACCCCACAGACAGACAGAGAGGUAGAUGAACGAACACAUUGCUAGGGUGCGGUGCGGUCUCACUUCUUCCCUCCCUCACUCCUUCCCUCCCUCCGUCCCUCCCUCCCUCACGCGCACCAGAGUGAAGGUUGGCAUGAUAAAUGUGUUGUUGGUAUCGAAUGUGAUGAGUGUGGCCUCGAGCUCGUCCACAUUGGUGCCCCUCACACCCACACGGAGCUGAAGUGGCUCCUGCUGCUCCUGCUGCUGCUGCUGGUGGUGCGUGGCGCUGGACGAGGAGCUGCUCGAGGCUGCGGACACCACACAGACAGAGACACAGACAGAGAGGGGGCGGGGUGGGGUAUAUAUGUGCCUGUGGUGCUGUCUGUGUUGUGUAAUCAUGUGCGUGGGAAUGGAUGGGUUGGUGUCCUGUCCUCGUGUGGGCGUACGUACAUGUGUUGUGUCUGUUCCUGAGUCCGUAGGGCAGGUCGAAUGCGCUCGUGGUGACGCGGCGGCAGUCCGUGAUGUCCAGCUGCACCAGGGAAAGCAGAUGCGACACCAACGCACGAACGCCGCUGUUCUCAACUUGACUGACCAUACACACACCCCAGACACACACACACGUGUCCCGUGUACUCAGCAGGCAUCGUCACAUCCAUCCAUCCAUCAGCCCAGCUGUCCACCCACUCUUCCUUCCAGCCACCACUUACGUGCACUGCGAUAGUUUGAGUCUCUGCAGGUCAGGGCAUCGUGUGGGCAGCCGCGCCACCAGCUGGUUGGUGACGCCCUUGAUGCGCGAGAGGUCGAGCGUCCGCAGCUGGUCCAUGUGCUGCACUAUCGCCUCCAAUAUGGCGCCGUCCAGCUGAGAACAGUCUGGUGGACAGACACAGACACACAGCGGACGGCGGGCGUUGAUGUAUGUAUGUGUGUAUGGCGGCGUCAUGUCAUGGACGGGUGGGGUGGGGUGGGUGCCUACCGGCGAGGCAGAGUGAUUGCAGGUUGGUACAUGCCGCCAGAGCUUUCGCGCCGCCGCUGCUCACGCCGGCCCCGCGCAAGUCCAACUCAAUCUGACACACACCACACACCAUAAUACACUUAGAGGGAGGAAAGAAGCCGUCGUCACGUUCCUCAUCCCCCCCCUUCCCCCACCACCACCGCCUACCAGGCUACUGCUCAUGUGUUCCAACGCACUCAAGUUGGUCAGGCCUCCGCACCGCUGCAGGCUCAGCCGUCGCAGCCCACUGCCGCCCCCCUCCCCCAUCUGCGUCUGCGACCCUGUGCCCCGCUGCAGGGGCUGCUGUGCGCGUGCCAGGUGGUUGAGCACUGCGUCCGUCAUCUUGCCGUCCACUGCCUGGCGGGUGGAGCCGAGGGCGACGUUCCGCAGCGAGGGCAGGAGCCGGAGGCGUCGCAGGCCGCCGGGCGUCACCCUCGGGCAGUCCAUCAGGUCGAGACCACGCAGAACGCUAUUGCUCCCCACUGGCAUGCUGCAUGCACGACAUCACACCAACCAAUGUGUUUGGGAGGGGGGGAGGGGGGAUGGCGGUGGUGCUGUAGUGUGAUUGCUGACUGGCUGAGGACUUCCUCGACGGCUUUGUCUGUGAUGCUGGAGCAGCCGCGGAGGACCAGGACAUGCAGCUUGCGCAGCUCGGGUGCGUGGGUCUUGAGGCCCGUCGCCGUCAGCUCCUUGUAGUCGGUCAGGUCCAACAAACCCAGGCGCGGCGUCCUGCGACAGACACACACACAUUGGAGAGAAAGAGGGCUUGGUGUGCUGUAGUGACGUGUGUGUGUGUGUUUGUUUGUUUGUGUUUCUGUGUUGUUUCUGCGUACUGUUUGACGGCCUCGAACACUCGGCAGUCAGGCACGUUUGCCCCCCGCAGUCUGCGCCACUCGAGGCGGCGGCGGUAGGCCCUGACCUCUGCGGCGAACUCCCGACACACUGAAUGAACAAAUUGACAAGAUGAGAAAGACCACUCACUGCUAGUCUGCUUGUCCCGUCGUGUCGUGUGUGUGGCUGCCUUGCCUCUCCGACUGACUUCACACUCACCCAUGAUGGCCUCCCUGCUCACGUGCCUCAGGAUGUUCCACAACAACUGCACACACACAUACACAUGUACACACGCAUCCAUCUAUCCAUCCAUCCAUCCAUACCUCCUUUGGCACAUCUGAGAACCAGGCCUUGGUGCCCGCCAUGGCCCGCAGCUCCCGGUCCCGCCUCUCCAUGGCCGCUACGUCACGCUCGUGCCGCGCCCGCAGAUGCGCCGCCCUCCCCUCAUCCAUCGCUAUCACACCACGCAGCUGCUGCCUCUUGCCACGGGGGCCGUACACCAUCGCUGCCUCCUGCGCCUCCUCUGCCUCCUCGAUAUCCGCUGCCGGCUGCUGCUUUGGCUGUUGCUUUGGCUGGGGCUUUGCGGGUGCAGCAGAGGGUUUGGGGGGUCUGGGAGGCGCGGCGGGUGGUUUGGUGGGCUUGGGAGGGGCAGCAGAGGGCUUUGGAGGGGCGAGUGGGGAUGGCAGGGCACGUUGGUUGCGAUUGGGAGGGGGAGGAGGUGGGCCUCGGCCUGGGCCAGGGGCAGGGGCAGGGUUGCUAGAGGGAGGGGGAGCAGGGCCGCGCACAUCCACUCCAGCACCCUUGAGACGCUCACUCUGAAUGAAUGGAUGCACAGCAAGGACACCAAGCGAAGAGGUCGUGUCAGCUUUGGUCGGGUCAUAACUUAAGUACUCCCUCCCUCCCUCCCUCCGUCACUCACCAGACCGACAAGAAACGAAGGCACCGCGGCCGACAGCAUGACCUGAACACAGACACAGAGCGGCGUGCGUAACAAACAGCCGUCUGUGACGGACAUCAACACACAUUGCCUGGCGUAAUGUACGCACGUACCAGGAGUCCCUUCUUGGUGACGAUGGAGAGCUUGCCAUCGUCCACGAAUUUGGCAUGCACCACCUGGAUGUCCAAUGGCUGCAUACAUAUAACGAAUGCACACACACACCCAUCGAAUGGUCUGUGCUUCUUCAUUUCCCGAUAGCUUACUCGCAGUCUGAUAUCGAAGCCGACCACGGCAAUCUCCAUCGAGCGGCCACCUGCAGGGAUGCACACGGGUGUGCUGUGCCUCAUCACGGUGACGAUGCAUCCGUGAUGCAUGAGCUUCCAUACAUGACAUACGUACCGCCAUUGAUUUGAAGGCCUUUCUGAGCCUUGCUCUUGGCGGCCUUCACCGGCCUGCCCCCCUUCUCUACGCUGGUGGCCGCUCGGAUGAAGUCCAUGACGGCUGUGCUGUCGCUAUUUCAGACGGAGAUGGCCUUCAACACAAGAACCACUUGGUGGCAGGGCUGACCUCAGAGCAUCAAUAUGGG